AUGUCUCAACAAGUAAAAAAAAGCGCGGAUUCUCUAGAUAGCAUUAGUAAUAAUCAUGAUAAAAACAACGUUUCAGAAUCUGAAGGACCAAUAGUAUCAACAGUGGUGGUAAGAAAUGGAGUUUAUAAGAGUGAACAAAUCGAAGAUCGUAAAAGUGUAUUUAUAGCAUAUGCAAAACGCGUAGAAAAUAAGCAACAAGUCGAACUGUUUAAGGAUGAAAUGGAAAGAGAAAAUAAUACUGCAACACAUAACAUCUUAGCAUAUAGAAUAAUGAAAGACAAUGAUGGAGCAACAAUUGAAGGAAACCGAGUUUUAAAUUUAUUAAAAUCAUUGGAUGUUAAAAAUGUGGUAAUUAUAGUUUCUAGAUGGUAUGGAGGAGUUAUGCUUGGUCCGGCACGUUUUGAUCAUAUCGAGAAAUGUGCGAGAGAAGUAUUAGAUAAAGGUAAUUUUGUAACUGGUAAACGAACUACUCCUGUUAGGGGUGGUUCAUCAACUGGUAAGAUAAUCGUUAAUGGAUGUCAGAGAGGUAAUCCAAUACUUCAACAUAUUUGUAAUGUUACUUGGGAAUAUGGUGAAUGUAUACCAGAUUAUGUUCUAGGACAAACAACGUGUGCUUUAUUUCUAAGCCUUAGAUAUCAUCGACUUCAUCCUGAAUAUAUUUAUAAUAGAAUUCAACAAUUGAAAUACAAAUAUCUAUUAAGAAUACUUUUGGUUUUAGUUGAUAUAGAUUCUCAUCAAGAUUCUAUUCGUGAACUUAGCAAAGUUUGUGUAAUUAAUAAUUUUACUGUGAUAUUAGCUUGGAGUCAAGAAGAAGCAGGAAGAUACCUCGAAACUUAUAAAUCAUUUGAGUAUAAGCCACCAGAUAUGAUUAUGGAAAAAGUUCAAGAUGAUUAUUUGUCAAGGUUAACUCAUUGCAUGACGCAAAUAAAAUCAGUUAAUAAAACAGAUGUGAUAACACUUGCUUCAUCAGCACGUUCAUUGAAAAGGUUGAUGUCAAUGCCAUCUGAUGAAAUUGGAUUGUGUCCAGGAAUUGGUGAACAAAAGGUCAAAAGAAUUUUUGAGACAUUUAAUGAACCAUUUUCACUAAAUGAAUUAAAUGUUGAAGAUGUUCAUGAAUCUGGAGUAGAUGCUGAUACCAAUAUCAUAAUAAAUUGGAAUCUUUUGGGCAAUGUUGGAAACAAUUUAAUAUUUUUGAAGAUGAUAUUAUUAUCAGUAUAUAUUGAUUCUGAUGCUGGUAUUUUAAAAUCAAUUUUCAAUGUUGAUAAUAUUGCAAAUGAUACAAAUGGACAACUUCAAAAUAAUUUUAAUGUUUUAAUGAAAUCAAGUAAAUUAGAAAUUCCUUAUAGAAUGAAUAAAAGACAAUUAAAACAAUUUCAACGUAUAUUUGAUAAAUAUGUUGUAAUUCUGAAUGGUAAAAAAGAAUCACCACAUACAUUACCUGCAUCUUUAAAAUGA